UCAGCGGCCAUCUAGCAAUAGCCAGGUUCACCCGACGGAACGCAUGGUGCGUGUGAACUAGCUCGCCGGCCAAUAUGUCCAACGAUCGGCAAACAGUCCCCGGCGGCGCCGGCGGGGAGGGAGGAACGACGACGUCGGAGGUGCGGGUGAUCUCCGAUAGCGUCGCAGCGGCAGCGGCAGCGGAGGCGGAGGCGGAGCUCAAGGAGUGGCUCAAGGAGAUGCGCGGGUGGCUGAUGGUGCUCGCGACCCUGGCCGCGUCGGUGACGUACCAGGCGGGGCUGAACCCUCCCGGCGGCUUCUGGCAGGACAGCAACGGGCACUUGGCCGGCAACCCCGUGCUGCACGACGGCCUCUACCUGAAGCGCUACCUGACCUUCUACUACUUCAACGCGACGGCGUUCGCGACGUCGCUGGUCAUCAUCAUCCUCCUCCUCAACAUCAGCGAGCGGUUCUACAUGUCGGAGGCCAAGGUGGCGGCGCUCACCCUGACCACCAUGGUCAACCUCAUGAGCCUCGUCGGUGCUUAUAUCGCCGGCUCCACCCGCGACAUGGCCAACUCCAUCUACAUCAUCGUGCUCACCUGCUUCCUCUUCGUCUGCGUCGUCUACACCGCCAGGGCCAGGGUGCUGCCGACCCUGUGCUUCAUCGUGCUCUUCAUGUCGCCGCGGAUAUACCGGCUGGUCAAAAAGGGGUGGCUGCCGGUGACGGAACACAUGAGAAAGAGAGUUGAGGUGGCCAAGGAGAAGGAGCGAGAGGAGGAGGAGAAGCAGAGACAGAAACAUAAAAGGGCCAACAACAUCUGCUGCAACUGCUGCUCAUGCUUCAAAGCCUUCAAGUACGACGACAUUGAGGACAGGGGGCUGCCUAUUAUAACUGAAAACAACUAAAAUUAUUCGCGCGCAUGCAUGCGUUAAUUCUUGCUUUGACAUGCCUGCUUAAUUUCUCUUCUUGUUACUAUAUUAUUAGGGUCUUCGAAGCACAAAUAUGUAUAUAUACCUUUGUGUCCUUUUUUAGGAAAUGAAUAAUUUCAGCAUCGAAUUGAAAAACAGACAUUUGUAAUAAUGGAAGCUCAAAUAACUACACAACGAA